AGCCACCGCCUGCAGCGGGCCGAGCCGCCGCGUCCCCGCGUCCCCGCGCCGGCUUCCCGCGCUUGGCCUCCCUGGGGGCUGCAGGGCGCCGCUGCGGGUCCCGGCCCCGAGGCCACACUCGGGACAGCGGCGCGGCGGCCUGGCUUCCCCCGCACCCAGGGCAGCGCCCGCUGGGCGGACACCUGUUCGGCCCGGCCUCGCGCCCUAGCCCAGGGCCAGGAUGAAAGUGACAGUGUGCUUCGGCCGGACUGGCAUUGUGGUGCCCUGCAAGGACGGGCAGCUGCGGGUCCGCGAGCUCACCCAGCAGGCACUGCAGCGCUAUCUGAAGACUCGCGACCAGGAUCCUGGAUACUGGGUGAAGAUUCAUCACUUAGAAUACACAGAUGGAGGAAUCCUGGAUCCAGAUGAUAUUUUGGCAGAUGUUGUUGAAGACAAAGAUAAGCUGAUUGCUGUGUUUGACGAACAAGAGCCACUCUGCAAGAUUGAGAGCCCCAGUGGAAACCCUGCGGAUCGGCAGAGCCCAGAUGCUUUUGAGUCAGAAGUGGCCACCCAACUGGCGGUGUUUAAACCAAUUGGUGGGGAAAUCGAAGUAACCCCGUCUGCUCUUAAAUUAGGCACUCCACUGCUGGUGAGGAGAAGCAGUGACCCAGCACCAGGGCCACCUGCUGAUGCCCAGCCAAGCACUGCAAGCCCCAGUAGCCAGAGUUUGAAACCUGUUGUUCAAGAUUCCAUACAGAACGUGGAAAACAGAGAAGUUAUGAAUGGUGAACAGACAGAGCUACUAGUGCUGCCGAGAACUAAGGCAGCAUUGAGUCAUAUGACAAGAACAGUGGAGAUUUCUGGGGAAGGAGGACCCUUGGGAAUACAUGUGGUACCCUUCUUUUCAUCCCUGAGUGGAAGGGUUCUAGGACUCUUCAUCCGAGGCAUUGAAGAGAACAGCAGGUGCAAGGAUGAGGAACUCUUUCAGGAAAAUGAGUGUAUUGUAAAAAUCAACAAUGUGGAGCUCGUGGACAAAACCUUUGCUCAGGCUCAAGAUGUCUUCCGUCAGGCAAUGAAAUCCUCAAGUGUGAUCCUCCAUGUGCUUCCACCUCAAAACCGAGAACAAUAUGAAAAAUCAGUCAUUGGACCUCUGAACAUUUUUGAUAACAGUGAUGGAGUUUUAAGAACAAAGGUACAACCUCCAGUCCAUGGGAAAUCAGGACUAAAGACUAUAAACCUCUCGGGAACGAAUAGCCCUGAAGCAGAUGAGUUAACUUCCCUGCAACAAGGCAAGAGCCCCCGAGUUCCCAGACUAGGAAGAAAACCUUCCUCUCCCUCACUUUCCCCUCUCAUGGGAUUUGGCAGCAAGAAAAACGCAAAGAAAAUUAAGAUUGACCUAAAGAAAGGCCCUGAAGGACUUGGUUUCACUGUGGUUACCCGAGAUUCUUCUAUACAUGGUCCUGGUCCCAUUUUUGUAAAAAACAUUUUACCAAAGGGAGCAGCUAUAAAAGAUGGCCGUCUACAAUCAGGGGACAGAAUUUUGGAGGUAAAUGGCAAAGAUGUUACUGGCAGAACUCAGGAGGAGCUCGUGGCCAUGCUGAGGAGCACCAAGCAGGGAGAGACAGCAUCACUGGUUAUUGCUCGCCAAGAAGGGAAUUUCCUGCCCCGAGAGCUGAAAGGAGAACCUGACUGCUCCGCACUCUCCCUGGAGACAAGUGAGCAGCUCACCUUUGAGAUCCCCCUGAAUGAUUCUGGCUCUGCUGGCCUUGGGGUUAGCUUGAAAGGGAAUAAAUCCCGAGAAACUGGAACUGACUUGGGGAUUUUUAUCAAAUCCAUCAUCCAUGGAGGUGCUGCUUUUAAGGAUGGUCGCCUGCGAAUGAAUGACCAGCUGAUUGCAGUGAAUGGAGAAGCUCUUCUGGGAAAGUCCAACCAUGAAGCUAUGGAAACACUAAGGCGAUCCAUGUCCAUGGAGGGAAACAUUCGAGGGAUGAUCCAGCUGGUGAUUCUGAGGAGGCCAGAGAGGCCACUGGAGGAUCUUGCAGAGUGUGGGGCACUUUCCAAACCAUGCUUUGAGAACUGUCAAAAUGCUCUAAGCACCUCCAGACGAAACGGUAGUAGUGUAUUGCAUACGUUUGGCACUUACAGUCCAAAAGAUAAACAGAAAGACCCAUUGCUUCCCUCUGACAGAUGGGCUGAGAGUGAAGCACGACUAUCCCCUCCACCACAGUCCAGUCUGGAAUUAGGCCUUGAAGAUUACAACCACAGCUCUGGGGUGGAUUCGGCAGUAUAUUUUCCAGAUCAGCACAUCAAUUUCAGAUCCAUGACACCGGCCAGGCAGCCUGAAUCAAUUAAUCUGAAAGCCUCCAAGAGCAUGGACCUUGUGCCAGAUGAAAGCAAAGUUCAGUCAUUGGCUGAUCACCGAUCAGACUCUCCAAGCAAAGAUUUCGGUCCGACUUUGGGUUUGAAAAAGUCCAGUUCCUUGGAGAGUCUGCAGACUGCAGUGGCUGAAGUCAGGAAGAAUGAGCUACCCUUCCACAGGCCCCGGCCACACAUGGUGCGAGGCCGAGGCUGCAACGAGAGCUUCAGGGCAGCCAUUGACAAAUCGUAUGAUGGACCAGAAGAUGUGGAAGCCGAUGGUCUGUCUGAUAAGAGCUCUCACUCUGGCCAAGGAGCUCUGAAUUGUGAGUCCAUCCCUCAGGAGAACUCUGAGCUACAGGACGUGGAAAAUAAAGCCAGGAAAGUCAAGAAACACAAAGAGAAGGAGAAGAAAAAGGAAAAGGUCAAGUUGAAAGUCAAGGAGAAAAAGCGGAAAGAUGAAAAUGAAGACGUGGAGAGGAAAAUGAAGAGGAAGGGAUUCGGUGCCAUGCUGAGAUUUGGAAAGAAGAAGGAGGAGAAGAGUGGGAAGGUUGAGCAGACAGGGAUGCGGAAGCCCCAGAACCUGGCGGAAGAGGAGCUGGAAAGAAUGAAAGAAAGGGACUGGAUUGGAGCAAAACAUCAGGAGCUAAGGGAAAAGCAGACAAGAGGUCUUGUUGAUUAUGCCACUGGAGUGAUUGGAUCAGUGCACGACAUGGACGAUGAUGAAAUGGACCCCAAUUAUGCCAGAGUCAACCACUUUCGGGAACCAUGUGCAUCAGCAAAUGUCUUUAGAUCUCCAUCUCCUCCUCGGGUUGGACCACUCAGUUACCCUCGGGAUGGACGUCCACUGUCUCCAGAGAGAGACCACUUAGAGGGUCUCUAUGCCAAGGUCAACAAGCCAUAUCAUCCACCAGCUCCAGUUGACAGUGACCGUCCCUUGGGUGGAAACACGGACCGCAUCCAGAAGCUGCGGAAGGAAUACUAUCAGGCUCGGAGGGAAGGUUUCCCUUUGUAUGAGGAGGAGGAUGGAAGAAUGCGGCCGUCUGACUAUGACCUUCACUGGGUGUCUGGAAAAGGUCCAGAUGGGACCGUACACAACUUCCGCUUUGAGGGGAUGGAGCGACAGUAUGCUUCCUUACCCAGGGGAGGAUUAACAGAUCCUGUGGACUACCUGAUGGCAGCACCACGAGGGCUCUACAAGGAAAGAGAGAGCCCAUACUACCCAGGGGCCCAUCCCGUGCACCCCCCAAGAGGGAACUACCCCCGCCCCCCAGAUCUGAGGGUGGCAGAUCUCCGCUAUUCACAGUACUACCCACCCCCGCCAGUCCCCCAGCACAAAGGACCCUUCCGACAAGAUGUUCCACCUUCUCCACCUCAGCACCAGAGGGUGCCAGUCUAUCAGGAGAUGGGCAGAGCAGGGCCCCGAGGGGGCAGCCCUGAUCAGUACCCCUACCGUAACCAAGAUCCCAGGCAGAAGAAUCCCAUGACUGCAGCCGUAUAGCUGAACAUCACUAAGAUCUGUCAAGCAAGGAAGACAUCUAAUGCUAUCUUUGUCCUUGCUAGACCCUGGUUAAGAUCUCCAAGUUAAGAUGCACCAUGGUACAAAGUUGCUUUUGUUCACUGAGGAUAAAACACUUGACUGCUAAUCAAAGGGGCAUCUUUUUUUAGAGGGUUGGAGUUUGGGGGUGUAUAUUCCAAAGGAAUGAUGGGGUCAUAACAGUACUUCCUGAUACUUGAAAUGCUUGCAGAAUUGAUUAAUAAGAGUGGCAAUUGAUAACUAACAAUUAGUAGAGCUAUAUUACACAAUGGCCCUCUGGCUGGGUAACCUGUGCUGGUUAUCAACACAUACACACACACAUACACACACACACACACACACACACCCAGCAGAGGUGGCAGUACAGAGGUGAUGGUCUCAGCCAGGUCUAGUGGCCCAUUCAAUGGCUUAGUACCAGCUCCCUUCUUGGAGCUGUGAGGCCUGCAGUGUGACAGAGUAGAGAGCUGCAGAUGUUCAAAUCUGCGUAAGUACAGUUUUUUCUCAUUGAGAACAAAGGAACGGUAAAUACUACUAGUGACCUCUGAAACUUUUUAGACCUGAAAAAGGACUGCAUCUCUCUAUUUGUAGUCUUUCUCAGAUUCCUAACACUACUCAUUUGAUGCGAACGUGUCACAUUACUUGCUCUUGAUGUAAAAGUCAGUAGAAUAUGAAUACAGUAUUAGUGUCCUGGAAGGAUGCGCAAAGCUCAUGAGCGCUUCCAGAAGGAACAUGUUCCAAGAACCACAGUGAGCAGGGGAAGAGGGCUGAGUAUCCUGUCAUCCUUGCCUUCCUCUCUCCCAGGUCCAGGCAUGCUUACUUAGAGAUAGUCCAUUGCAGAAUCCUCCCCAAAUGCCUGUAAUUAUUCUGAGACCUCUACUUUAAGACUUCCACUUAAGGACUAAAGUAUACUUUGGGUAAAAAGAAAAGAGGGCCUGCUGGUCAGGCCACACAGAAACUAAUACCCUCAGGUUGCCUAUUCCAGGCUCAGUGCCAAAUGGUUCCCAUCUGCCCUUGGGGAGAGUAAGAACUAACCAUGGCCUUUAGAAACUGAUCUCUAGUAAGAAGUAGAUGGAAGUGAAUGAGAGAGUAUGUGUGUAUGUGUGUGUUCGAUCACGUGAUUACCAAUAUGGAAAAUUAAGAUAAAAACGGUGCCUGGAAGUUUGAUGAGGAAGGAGUCUGAAGAAGGGAAGGGGGAUGUUGCAUAGGGUUAAAUCAGUCUGCACCUGCUCUAGCUCAUUAACAAAUGUCAGGGCAAAGCCAAGGUCUCCACCUGGUUAAAAGGGGAAAAAAAUCUUAGGGUUUGAGAAGCUGAAAAUCCACUCUUGCUUUCUUUGAGCUUUUCUGUAAAACAGAACAUCUAAACCUUCCAACCUGACCCAAGUAGGAACACAAGCAAAAGAGUAGGGAACAGCACAACUUGAGCACAGCAUUCCGAGUUGUUCAGUGGCUGUUAAAAUACCUGAAGCCUUUUCACACUCCGGCACUCUCUCCCCCUAAAAGAUCUGAAGUUCAGUGUAGAUGUAUUUUGGCUGAGAGCAGAAUGCCUCUAACCAACAGGAUUUAAUGAAUUAUGGUAUUCUAGAAUACAGACAGUACCAUUCAGCCCAGUUUAGUCUUUUUUUUUAAUUUAAAAUUGAGCUUUGUUACCAAGAAUGAUGCAAUUGCUGGUUGUAUAUGUAAAUAGUAUUAUUUGCUGGACCCGGAGAGAGAUCAUUUUCUAAACCACAAUUACUGUGACCCUCUGAAAAACAGACUGUCAAGUUGCUGUUUGUCCUCUGCCAUCUCUCUUCAGCCAGGCACCCUUAGACCAUAUAUGUAAUUUGUUCAGUGAGGUGGAAGAUCUUGGGCUCUGCUCGCCAAGGUAUAAUGCCAGUAAGGUGUAGGGUCCCUGGCCAACAUGCUAAAAUUGCCUUUCCUUUAAGAUAAAAAAAAAAAAAACCCUGAAAGAAGAUAAUACAAUGAGGGAAAUGUAACUUUUGAGGGGAACAUAAAAAAAUCUAUUUUUAAGCCACUCAUGGUAGUACAUAGCUCAUCUAUAUUCCCACCACUCAAGAUGCUGAAGCAGGUAGACUGGAAGUUUGAGGCUACCUUGGGCUACAGAAUACAUUUAAGACCAGUCUGGACUAUAUAACAAGACCGUGUCUUUAAAAAAAAAAAAACUAUAUAUAUAUAUAUAUAUAUAUCACUGUUCAGUACGUUCCAUAUUUUAAUCAAAUUUCUAUAGAGCACUGGUGAUUCCAAAUCAGAAGUCUCCAUUUGAUGGAUGGCCAGGUGUAGUUCAAGAUGAUAACCGUGUGCUAUAGAAAAGUGGCCCUUGAAGAUGACUAUGUUUCCACCUCCAGCUUGAGUGCACAGUACAGGCUCCAGAUAACCAUUGUUGUUUAUGUUGUACACACAGUCAAUAAAAUAGUUACUAAUCCUAAGAGGCCUUCAGAGGUGUGAAGGUUCAAUUAAAGAGAACAAAAAAUAGAUGAUAACAGCUUUAUUUUCUUGCUUGAAGUAUAUACUACUGGCUCCAUUUGAUCCUGCCUUAAAGAACUAACAUUACAUUUGUGACAGAGGCUCCAUCAAGCCAAGCAACAGUUAAGAACAGCUCAGGUAGUAAGCUUUAUACAUGCCUGUACUAACCCUCCAAUUGUCACCUCUCCAAGGUUACAGGACACUUUCCUAGUGCUCCCAGAGAGCAGAUGGUUACUGGAAGUUCAGGCUAUGAUCAGCAGGUGCCCAGGAGAAAGAAAUAGCUCCCCGUGUAUUUAUGGCCUUGGAAAAACUCAGCCUGUGUCUCCUUGUAGUUUGGAAUUCUAACAGCCCUCUGGAACAGAUUGGUAUACUAAGAGGGCUACAAACCCUUUUAGUAGAUCAGCAACACCCACACUGCUUCUGAUCUGACUGCUGGGUCAUCAGUCCUCAAAGGCCCAUUUUUCUCCCUUUUUGUAUGAGGAAAGAUCAAAGAGAGCAGACUACUGAAGACUGUAGUCGCAGGAAAAUUCAGUCUUCCAAAAGAGAAAUACAUCCCAUUAGUCCGUCUCACCACUGGCCUGAGGUACCAUCCCUCUUGGUUUAAUAUUGUUUCCCUGAAAUAUCAAGCCAGUGGACGAAGCCAAGCUCAAAAACAGGAACAUUUUCUUCUUAAAGCAUGAUUUUAUAGGAAACAAAGCUUGGAGGAAAAUUACUCUGAAGCUCAUUAUUCUCAGUCUUUUAGAUACAUGUGUGUUGAAUCCACAGGAUAACAUAGAGCAAAGGUUUUAAAUUCAAGAGCGUGGUAGAGAUACAGAGACCUGUGAAAUUUCGCUAUGGCUUGAUUUUUGCUGCCAACUAAGUAAACUAAGAUCUGCUAUCUUAAAUUCUUGAACUGUAAAUCUACCUUCUGAAGGAAAUUCACCUGUAGCUUCAGGAGGAUGGGAAUGCUAGUGUCUCUGUUCCCUGACACACACAGAGAUCAAGACUAUAAAGAAUAAUUACUCCCCCUCACUAGUAACCAUGGCAUUUUGUUUGUUUGAUGUUUGGUUUUGGAGGAAUGUUGUAGCAUUACAGGAGAGUGGAGAGCUUGGUUUGGGAAAAAAAUGUGUGUCUGUAAAAUUCCCAUCAGCAUCACACUCAGAGACCCACAAUGAGUGGCUUUCAAACCGACAUUGAGUUGGAUAGAUACCCCACUGCUUCCUGAGUCCGUGUGAACAGAAAGUCCAAGUUUCAUGCAAUUAGGCAGGAGGAAAGGCAUUGGAAGUGUUUCUCUGCUCUCAGUUCAUACUAACUUUGGGUAGAAAGGAUGCUAUAGUGAGAUGGGAAAGGGGUGUCUCUGUUAGAUAUCCCUACAAAGUCACCUUUCUGAUAAAAAGAGGGGAAAACGUUAGAGAUCUAAAAUAAGCGUCGUCUCUCACAUGGAGCUGUGACUUCUAAGUGAAACUCUUUCUCCCUCAUGUCCUUAAAUAGUCAUACGGUCACACACAGCCUGACUUUUUAAGUGGGGUUUGGCUACUGGGCUCAGAGUGGGAAGUGAACUUGCCCAAACACUACUAACCCAUCUCCCGAUCCACUCUUCAGAAAGUGUUCAGUUCCAUCUGCACUGCUAUGGACUAUUGCAACAUAACACAAAACCUGUUGUUUAUGCCCUCACGUUUCUAGUCUUUCUUGUGCUUUAUGAUUACCAAGUCAUCUGUUCAUACAUUCUAAAGAUAAAUUAUAUGAAUCAUCUUUUGGCAAAUGGGGAUGGAGAGUGAAUUCUUUAACAAACUUUUUUAAAUGAUCCCAUUUAUAUCACAGAAGACAUUUUGGAUGUUAUAUAUGAGUAUAUAAAAUUUUCAUGUUUUAUUUUGCAUUAAAAUAAAGCUUUAUUCAGUCAGUGA